AUGCUCGAUAUUAUGAAGAAACCUAAAGAGUUAUGUUGUACGGAGGAGUGGUGGUAUGCUUCAGCUCACCUUCACGCUACAGUGGUGCAGUCGCCCAAGUCAGCACAACGCAAUGAAGGUACCUUGGUCAAACGCGUUUGCAGACGAGAUGUGGAGAAGUGGAUUCGCGAUUUUGAAUUAAUUGCAUCAUGCAACGGCAUCAAACGGAGUGCGCAUUUGGUCACCGCGUUGGGUGCAUUGCUUUACGGACGAGCAAGGGCCGCUUACGAUUUGAAUUUGGGAAGCAACCGAGCCAUGGAUUAUGAGAAUUUGAAAGCUGCAUUGGUGGCAGAGUUUUCAAAGGAGGAUGACCUGCGAGAAGGCAAUGAACCGGUUCUACGCUGCGGAGUACAACCAGACUGA